AUGUUUUUCAUUUUAUUAGUAUUUAUUUCAUUAGUUAUUUCAACACCACCUGCUUGUUUUUUAAGUUGUAUGAGUGAAAUUGCAAUUAGUAAAUGUUCCAGUUUAUCUAAUUUAACAUGUUGUUGUAUUAAUGAAGAUUCAAUAAUUGGUUGUUUAAUCGAUAUUUGUCCAUAUGGCGUAUUUUUAAGUGCAAGAGAUCAUUAUCUUGGAACUUGCUUAGAACAUGGUAAACCAACAAUAACAAAUCCAGAACCACCAGAGCCAAUAUAUCCUAAAAACAAACCAAAUAACAUAAGUACUACCAAAAUUGAAUCAAAACCAACUAAAAAAUCAUCAUUACCGCUUGAAUUAAUAUGUGAAUGUAAAUCAAAACAUCAAUUGACCAAUUUUGACGAAUAUUUUAUAAUUAGAAAACCAAGAAAUGAAUCAACUUUUCAUUUUAUAAAUGGUGAUAAAAAGAAAAUAUUCAUUAAUAACCAAAUUGAUUAUUCAAAUGAUUCAUUAAUUUUUAAAAUUGAAGAUUUGGAUAUAGAUCCCAAAAUUAGAUCAUCAAGGGAUAAAUUAAUUAAUUAA